AUGACUAAUGUUGUCUCAUGUCAAGCCACAGAGGCAACACAACCAGCAAAAGAAGAAGAAAGCGCAACAAAGAAAGACCAGAUUCGCAACAGCAGCAGCAAUAGCAGCACCAUCGAAAAACCAGAGAACAAACGACACCAGAGACCAGAGAAAGAUCAGACAAAGACCAAACAAAGACCAAACAAAAACCAAACAAAGACCAAACAAAGAUCAGACAAAGACCAGACAAAGACCAGACAAAGACCAGACAAAGACCAGACAAAGAUCAGACAAAGAUCAGAGAAAGAUCAGAGAAAGACCAGACAAAGACCAGACAAAGAUCAGAGAAAGACCAAACAAAGAUCAGACAAAGACCAGACAAAGACCAGACAAAGAUCAGACAAAGAUCAGAGAAAGACCAAACAAAGAUCAGACAAAGACCAGAGAAAGAUCAGACAAAGACCAGACAAAGACCAAACAAAGACCAAACAAAGAUCAGACAAAGACCAGAGAAAGAUCAGACAAAGACCAGACAAAGACCAGACGAAGACCAGACAAAGAUCAGAGAAAGACCAGACAAAGAUCAGACAAAGACCAGACAAAGACCAGAGAAAGAUCAGACAAAGACCAGACAAAGACCAGACAAAGACCAAACAAAGACCAAACAAAGAUCAGACAAAGACCAGACAAAGACCAGACAAAGACCAGACAAAGAUCAGACAAAGACCAGACAAAGACCAGACAAAGAUCAGACAAAGACUAAACAAAGACCAGACAAAGACCGGACAAAGACCGGACAAAGAUCAGACAAAGACCAGAGAAAGAUCAGAGAAAGACCAAACAAAGAUCAGACAAAGACCAGAGAAAGAUCAGACAAAGACCAGACAAAGACCAGACAAAGACCAAACAAAGACCAAACAAAGAUCAGACAAAGACCAGAGAAAGAUCAGACAAAGACCAAACAAAGACCAGAGAAAGAUCAGACAAAGACCAGAGAAAGAUCAGACAAAGACCAGACAAAGACCAGAGAAAGACCAGAGAAAGAUCAGACAAAGAUCAGACAAAGACCAGAGAAAGAUCAGACAAAGACCAGAGAAAGAUCAGAGAAAGAUCAGACAAAGACCAGACAAAGACCAGACAAAGACCAGACAAAGACCAGACAAAGACCAAACAAAGACCAAACAAAGAUCAGACAAAGACCAGAGAAAGACCAGACAAAGACCAAACAAAGAUCAGACAAAGACCAGACAAAGACCAGACAAAGACCAGGCAAAGACCAGAGAAAGAUCAGACAAAGACCAGAGAAAGAUCAGAGAAAGACCAAACAAAGACCAAACAAAGACCAAACAAAGACCAAACAAAGAUCAGACAAAGACCAGACAAAGACCAGAGAAAGAUCAGACAAAGACCAAACAAAGACCAAACAAAGACCAAACAAAGACCAAACAAAGACCAAACAAAGACCAAACAAAGACCAAACAAAGACCAAACAAAGACCUGACAAAGAUCAGACAAAGAUCAGACAAAGACCAGAGAAAGAUCAAACAAAGACCAGAGAAACAUAAGACAAAGACCAAACAAAGAUCAAACAAAGAUCAGACAAAGACCAGACAAAGACCAGACAAAGACCAAACAAAGACCAGAGAAAGAUCAGACAAAGACCAAACAAAGACCAAACAAAGACCAAACAAAGACCAGACAAAGAUCAGACAAAGACCAGACAGAGACUAG